CUGGUCUUGCAAGUAGAUAUAGGAACCACUGUCUGUUCAAUUCUUUCCCAGUUUCGUGGAGUUUUGACACGCCCGGAGAAACCCUGUGCUUGGUUGCUUGUAAACAUUGGGUUUGACAACGGGCCAAAGCGCCCCCUCGGGCAAACACUUGGAAGGAGCCACAGACAGUUCGCAUCAAUUCUGCAACCCACCCCCAGGACCCUCUCGAACGUGCCAUGAUAUUCGCACAAGCUUUGCUCUUCCGGAUGUCCGAGUUAAUUGCCAACUUACAGAGCCCUUCCGAAUGCCAGUCCUCCAACUUCGAACCGCGACCGUAAACAUCUGAGCUGGGAGUUGGAGCGAUCGUAACUACCGCGAAUAUGUCGUUUCUAUUCGGACGUCGUCCUCGCACGAACACCGUGGAUCUGCCCAAACAGGCGAGAGAGCAGAUAUCGAAGCUGGAUGGGCCUACAGGGCCUGCAAAGGCCGAGGAGCUCGCAAAAACAUUAGGUCAAAUGAAGUUUGUUCUACAAGGCACUCAGGAAACGGAGAGCAGUCCUGAGCAGGUUUAUGCUCUUGUUACCGGCAUGAUUCAGGAGGACCUCCUCUACAGCCUCGCCGUGAACCUGCAUCGACUACCCUUCGAAUCAAGAAAGGACGCCCAGGUUGUAUUUUCAUACGUUCUACGAUUUCGACCAGCGACUGCGUCCCCAAAGAGUGACCCUCUCGCACUGAGCUAUGUUGUCAAUAAUCGACCCGAAGUCUUGGUGGAAUUGUGUAAUGGAUACGACCACAAGGAGAGUGCCACACCUGCGGGAACUGUGCUCAGAGAAGUUUUGAAGAGUGACUCGGCUGCGGCCAUAAUCUUAUAUGAUGACCCUGAAGGAAACCCAACAUCGAAAGGGUUGACUGGUGUACAACCAGAAGCUAAGCAAAGUGGGAAAGGUGUGUUCUGGAAGUUCUUCAAUUGGAUUGACCAAGGUUCUUUCGAAGUGGGCGCAGAUGCGUUCACGACUUUCAGAGAAUUAUUGACGAAACAUAAACAACUUGUCGCCCAGUACCUUUCCACGAACUUUGAUCUUUUCUUCGAGAAAUACAACAACAUCCUCGUCAAGUCAGAGAGCUACGUGACGAAGCGUCAGUCUAUAAAACUGCUCGGGGAGAUUCUUCUGGACCGAGCAAAUUAUGCAGUAAUGACGGCGUACGUUGAUAGAGGGGAGCAUUUGAAGAUUUGCAUGAAUCUUCUGCGGGACGAGAGGAAGAUGGUCCAGUACGAAGGAUUCCACGUGUUCAAAGUAUUUGUGGCGAACCCCCACAAGUCUAUUGCAGUGCAGAAGAUACUCCUUAAUAAUCGGGAGAAACUGUUGACAUUCCUGAAGCAUUUCUUGGAGGAUCGCACGGAAGAUGAGCAAUUCAUUGAUGAGAGGGAAUUUCUGAUCAAACAGAUCAAGAACAUGCCCCCCACCCCAGUUGAGCCGACGCAGAAGCCAGCGCUAUUAGGAUCGCAGGUGCGUUAGGUGGAAGCACGGGAAAGGGGCGCGCGGGAUGAUAGAGGAAGAAAGGAGGGCAUUGCUGGAUAUGAGCACCGGAGUCCAGGGCAUUGGGUUUGACAAUUGAUAGUGGUCAUUGUAAUUAAACACGGCGUUGUUGCAUAUCAUCAAUGAACUGUCCAUGACUAUCACAGUGUCCUGCACAAGGCCAG